GAGCUUUCUCUUCUUCUUGUUUCCUUUCUGCCUCUCAGGUCCAUAUGUUUAUACCUGACAUUCCAAAGUUCUCUCUUCGUGUGUUGUUUUGUUCUCUUAUCUAUCUUUGGUGGUUGUUUAAAUUAGAAAUACGAAAGUCAAAAUGGCGGGAAUGGUUGGCUUCGAGAUUAAAGAUGGCGAAUACACGAAAACCAUUUAUACCAUGAUCAAGGAGCAAAGAUACAACGAAGCAAUUCAAGUGCUCAGUUACAUCUACGACAGUAAUACCACUUCUCGUGCAGCCUUGUCCUUGUUAGCCCAUUGCUACUUUUAUACUCAGGAUUUCGUGAAUGCCGCCAAUUGCUACGAGCAACUGACCUUGAAUUACCCCGAUAUUGAGGAUUACAAGGUCUACUUCUCACAGGCCUUAUAUCAGGCCUGUCUGUAUGAAGAGGCCAUGAAAGUUACCGUCCAGAUCGAUAACCCCGAAAUGGCGGGACAGAUGAUGAAGUUGCAAGCUGCCAUUAAAUAUGGCGAAGAAGAUGUGGCUGGAGCCAAGAGUUUGGUGGAUCAAUGUCCAGCGGAUGAUCCCGAUACAGAUAUCAACCGAGGUUGCAUUCUGUACAAGGAAGGCCGCUAUGAGGAGGCCUUGGUGAAAUUCAUUGGUGCUCAACAAGUGGUCGGGUAUGACCCUCAUUUAUCUUACAACAUCGCGCUGUGUCACUUCAGGCUCCGGGAUUUUGCCCCGGCCCUCAAGCAUAUUGCAGACAUCAUCGAAAAAGGCAUUCGAGAUCACCCCGAGCUGAGUGUGGGAAUGCAAACCGAGGGAAUCGAGGUUCGGAGUGUGGGAAAUACCCUCACUCUGCACGAAACGGCCUUGGUCGAGGCCUUCAACCUCAAAGCGGCCAUCGAAUACCUUCUCAAGAACCCAGAGGCUGCCAAAGAGGCUUUAACAGACAUGCCUCCUAGGUCUGAGGAGGAAUUGGACGCGGUUACUUUGCACAACCAGGCCCUGAUGAACAUGGAAGCCAAGCCCACGGAGGGAUUUGAAAAGCUUCAAUUCCUUCUUCAACAAAAUCCCUUUCCUCCAGAGACAUUUGGCAAUUUGCUGCUGCUUUAUUGCAAAUAUGAAUACUACGACCUGGCUGCGGAUGUCUUGGCCGAGAAUGCUCAUCUCACGUAUAAAUUCCUAAGCCCCCAUCUUUACGACUUCUUGGAGGCCCUGAUCACACAGCAAACCUCGCCCGACGAGGCUUACCGGAAAUUUGACGCCAUCGCCUCCAAACAAACGGAACAGUUGAGGAAAUUCACCAAACAGGUGCAAGAAGCUCGGAGUAACCAAGAUGACGAGUCCGUGAAACGAAAUAUCAAUGAAUACGAGGACACACUGGCCCGAUACAUCCCAGUGUUAAUGGCUCAAGCCAAAAUCUAUUGGGACUUGGAGUAUUAUCAACAAGUAGAGAAACUGUUUCGAAAGUCCGUCGAAUUCUGCAACGAGAGCGAUGUCUGGAAACUAAAUGUGGCCCACGUGCUCUUUAUGCAGGAAAACAAAUUCAAGGAAGCUACCGGCUUCUACGAGCCCAUUGUGCGCAAGAACUUUGACAACAUUUUGAACAUCUCGGCCAUCGUUCUGGCCAAUCUGUGCGUCAGUUACAUCAUGACCUCUCAAAAUGAGGAAGCCGAGGAACUGAUGCGAAAAAUUGAAAAGGAAGAGGAGCAACUGGCCUAUGAAGAUCCGGAUAAGAAGGUCUUCCAUCUUUGCAUCGUCAACUUGGUCAUUGGUACUUUAUAUUGCGCCAAGGGUAAUUACGAGUUCGGCAUUUCCCGAGUGAUCAAGAGCUUGGAGCCGUAUAACAAGAAAUUGGGAACGGACACGUGGUUUUAUGCCAAGCGUUGCUUUUUAUCCCUUAUCGAGAACCUUUCGAUGCAUAUGAUCAGUGUCAGAGAUUCCGUCAUUCAGGAAUGCAUCCAGUUCUUGGAACACUGCGAAAUCUACGGCAAGAGUGUUAAGGCCGUCAUUGAGCAACCUUUGGAGGAGCAUUUGAUCCAUCGAGGCAAGAACACAGUGACCUACGAGGCCAGGUACUUGAAAGCUCUGAUUCUGAAACUGGAUAUGGAGUGAACCAGGAAUCAGUUCAAGCAAAUAAAACAUGAACGCUUUAUGUGCUCCAACUUGUUUACUUGUUAACCUGUUAUUUCACAGCCAAGUGAAGUAAUUGUAAAUGUGACUACAAUUGCGUGAUUGCGAUUCAUUUCUUAAAA